GUGCAUUUGGAGGGGUGCCCUGUGUCACAAGCCCUGGCUGAGUCACUCUAACGGUGGAGGUGCAGCCAUUCUGAGAUAAUGCACACAUAAGGGGAAAGCGGAGUUGACAUAGGUAUGAAAAUCUGCAGGACUAAACAAGGCUUACAGACAAGCGAGGAGAGUGUAGAAUUAAAAUCAAUGGAAAGCACAGGUCUGAGCAGCCUGGGGCCCCAGCUGCACCAGCAUGGCCACUGGCUGGCAUGGCGGCCAAGGGAUAAAGCUGUGUCUAUUGGGAAACUACAGGGCCAGCCUAGCGGAAACCCAUAUCUUCCCAUAAAACAACUGAGUUCAUGUUUCCCACAUUCUAGAGCCAUGAGGCGAGAGAGGCCGGCCCUCGGCUGGGCUGUGGCUGCUGUCUUGAUGCUGCAGACGCUGGCCAUGGCGAACCCCUCCCCACAGACCCUGCGUAGCCAAGCCAGAGUGUUCUUGGACCUGAGCAAGGAGGAGCUGAAGGCCGUGCGCAGCUUCCUCUGGUCCCGGAAGGACCUGAGGCUGGAGCCCUCCCAAGGAUCAACCAUCGCCAAGAACACUGUGUUCCUCAUUGAGAUGCUGCUGCCCAGGAAGCAACAGGUGCUGAAAUUUCUGGACCACGGUCAGAGGCGGCCGGCUCGGGAGGCGCGUGCCAUCAUCUUCUUCGGAGCUCAAGAGCAUCCCAACAUCACAGAGUUUGCAGUAGGGCCACUGCCAUGGCCCCACUACCUGCGCCCGCUGCCCCCCAGGCCUGGGCACCAGAUGUCCUGGACCUCCAGGCCCAUCUCCUCGGCGGAAUAUGUCCUACUGAGCCACACCCUGGAGGAGGCCACCAGGCCCUUGCACCAAUUUUUCCUGGACACCACGGGCUUCUCCUUCCAGGACUGCAACACCCGAUGCCUGACUUUCACCGACGUGGCCCCUCAGGGCUUGGCCUCGGGCGAGCGCCGCACCUGGUUCAUCUUGCAGCGCUUUGUGGAAGGCUUCUUCUUGCACCCCACAGGCCUGGAGCUCCUCCUGGACCACAGCAGCAUGAACGCCCAGGACUGGGCGGUGGAGCAGGUCUGGUACAACGGGAAGUUCUACCAAAGCCCAGAAGAGCUGGCCCGGAAGUACGAUGCCGGAGAGGUGGACGUGGUGGUCCUGGAGGACCCGCUCCCCGAGGGCAAGGGACAAAAGGGCAAGAAGGAGCCGCCCCUCUUCUCAUCCUACAAGCCACGCGGGCACUUUCCCAGCCCCAUGACCGUGAAGGGCCCCCACCCGGUCCAACCCCAAGGCCCCCGCUACAGGCUGGAGGGCAACGCCGUGCUCUAUGGGGGUUGGAGCUUCGCCUUCAGGCUGCGGUCCUCCACGGGGCUACAGGUGCUGAACCUGCAUUUCGGUGGGGAGCGCAUUGCCUACGAGGUGAGCCUCCAGGACGCAGCGUCACUGUACGGAGGCCACACACCUGCGGGCAUGCAGACCAAGUACAGCGACGUGGGCUGGGGUUUGGGCACCGUCACCCAUGAGUUGGCCCCUGGCAUCGACUGCCCAGAGACGGCCACCUUCCUGGAUGCCCUCCAUUACUACGAUACCGACGACCCUGUCCACUACCCCCGAGCCCUCUGUGUCUUCGAGAUGCCCACGGGGGUGCCCAUUCGGCGCCACUUUGACUCCGACUUCGAUGGUGGCUUCAACUUCUAUGCAGGGCUCCAGGGCCAGGUGCUGGUGCUGCGGACGACGUCCACGGUCUACAACUAUGACUACAUUUGGGACUUCAUCUUCUAGCCCAACGGGGUGAUGGAGGCCAAGAUGCACGCCACUGGCUACGUGCAAUCUCAGGGAGCACCCAGGGUGUGGCAGCCUGGACCCUCUGGAUGUGGUCUGGGGUGGAGAACCCAGUGUAAAAUGGGGGGAGGGGUACUUUGGGUGCUGGAUCCUCAUUCUGCAUCUCCCUUCACACCCGCAGGCACCAAGAAUAGCUUCCAGACGCUGGGCAUGAAGCUAGAAAACAUCACCAACCCCUGGAGCCCGGAGCACCGGCUGGUCCAGCCAACCCUAGAGCAGACGGGGUACUCCCGUGAGCGCCAGGCAGCCUUCCGCUUCGGACGGACUAUGCCCAAGUACCUGCUGUUCACCAGCCCCAAGGAGAACCGCUGGGGCCACCAGCGCAGCUAUCGGCUGCAGAUUCACUCCAUGGCUGAGCAGGUGCUGCCGCCCGGCUGGCAGGAGGAGCGGGCUGUCACCUGGGCCAGGUACCCCCUGGCAGUGACCAAGUACCAGGAGUCUGAGCUGUGCAGCAGCAGCAUCUACAACCAGAACGACCCCUGGGACCCGCCUGUGGUCUUUGAGGAGUUUCUUCAAAAUAAUGAAAAUAUUGAAGAAGAGGACUUGGUGGCCUGGGUGACAGUGGGCUUCCUGCACAUCCCCCAUUCAGAGGACAUCCCCAACACGGCCACCCCUGGGAACUCCGUGGGCUUCAUGCUCCGGCCCUUCAACUUCUUCCCCGAGGACCCAUCUGUGGCAUCCAGGGACACCGUGAUCGUGUGGCCCCGUGACAAAGGCCCCAACUACGUGCAGCGAUGGAUCCCUGAGGAGGGCGGGGACUGCUGGAAGCCUACCCCCUUUAGCUACAAUGGGACUUACAGGCCCCUGUGAAGGGCCGCUGCCCCCAGCUAACUCCUCACUAGACCCCGGAUUCCCCCACCCCACCCAGGAAUGGAUAAUAAAC